AUGGCUCUCGACCACAGCCGCGACCCCUGCCCUUGGGUCAUCCUGAACGACUUUGGCGGAGCGUUCUCGAUGGGCGCUAUCGGCGGCACGAUCUGGCACGGCAUCAAGGGGUUCCGGAACUCACCGUACGGCGAGCGGCGGAUAGGCGCGCUGACGGCGAUCAAGAUGCGCGCCCCCGUGCUGGGCGGCAACUUUGGCGUCUGGGGCGGCCUGUUCUCGACCUUCGACUGCGCCGUCAAGGGCAUCCGCAAGAAGGAGGACCCCUGGAACGCCAUCACGGCCGGCUUCUUCACCGGCGGCGCGCUCGCCAUACGGGGCGGCUACAAGGCGGCGAGGAACGGCGCCAUCGGCUGCGCGGUGCUGCUGGCCGUCAUCGAGGGCGUCGGCAUCGGUUUCCAGAAGAUGAUGGCGGGCGCGACGAAACUGGAGAACACUGACACUGUUGUUGGUAAUACAGGUCCCUACGGCUCCUUCGACGGCACCCGCCCCGGCUUAGACAACUCUCGACUCGUUCACACCUGA